AUGGAUAGAAUCCUUUCCUGGAAUGUACGAGGGAUUAACAGUCAACAUAAACAUAGGGAGAUUAAGCAUUUAAUUCUUUCAAAGAAUGUUGGUUUGGUUAGUCUUCUCGAAACAAAAGUGAAAAAUAAAAAUAUGGGUUCUAUGUACACAAGUUUGUUCUCGGGAUGGUGCUUCACUAAUAACAAUCCUUUGAUUGAUAAGGGUAGAAUAAUAAUUGCUUGGAACCCGAGAGUGUUCUCUCUAGAUGUCAGGUUAUGUAGUACUCAAUUAAUUCAUUGUUUGGUACAAUUUCCAAAUCGGGCAAGAAGGUUUAUGAUUACUUUUGUGUAUGGUUUCAACGAUGAAUUAUCUAGGGAUCAGCUAUGGAAUGAUUUACAAGAAUUGGCUGUAGAUAUAACCGAUCCUUGGAUGGUGAUAGGAGAUUUCAAUGAGAUUCUUUCACUGCAUGAAAGAAUAGGCAAAAAGGUUACUAUUAAGAUUUCAAGCAGAUUUCUGGAUUGCUUGACAGCUUGUCAUUUGGAAGAUUUGAAAUUUUCAGGCUGCUUCUAUACGUGGAAUAACAAGCAGAGAGCAGAGGAGAAGAUCUAUUCAAAGAUUGAUAGGGCUUUAGUUAAUCCACAAUGGACAUACUAUUUUCCUAACUCAGAAGCUGUGUUCUUAUCGGAAGGGAUCUUCGAUCAUAGUCCAAUUCUUGUUCAUUUUACCUUGGAGAUGCAAUUGGAGAAGAAGCCAUUUAGAUACUUCCGGAUGUGGAAAGAAGCAACUUGUUAUGAAGACAAGGUUCAAACCAGUUGGAACAUACCAGUUGCUGGUACUGCAAUGUUCCAAGUGAUAUCUAAGCUGAAAAGACUGAAACAGGUGUUAGUGAGUAUAAAUAGAGAGGGUUUUUUUUGA